AUGUUUCUGGUUCCAAAAUCAAAACAAACCACUUUACAAUAAAUUGGUGAGCAUCUACUACAGUCAGUUGAUUUCAAUCUUCUCUUCUCUCAUCAUGCGAUGCUUAAGUUUAUUAUCCCUGUGUGCUGGUCUAGCUCUGGGUGGAGUUUAUCAUCCCCCGACCUGUAAAACUGUCUGGGAUGAGAAAUGUUGGGAUGAACCUAGACAGCAGUGUGAUACUGUACAGAAACCGUACACUAGUACAGUCACAGAUCAGAAGUGUUCUACACAGUACGAUAAACAGUGCAAAACUGUUUUUGAUACAAAGGUUGAGCAUGUACCCCGUCAAGAAUGCACUACAGUACAGGAGCAGAAGUGCCACAAGCAAUCUAAACAAGAAUGCAACACUAUCCAAGUACCUGUCACUUCUACUGUACCGGAGCAAAAGUGCCAAGAUGUACCUGAGCAGAAGUGCCACACCGACUACGAGAAAAAAUGCACCACUCAGUAUGACCAGCAGUGCACCACUAACUACAAGGAGGAAUGCACCACCAACUAUGAGAAGGAAUGCAAGACUGAAUACAACCAGAAGUGCUCCACCACCCAGGAACAGGUGUGCGACACCGUGAAUGAAACCCAGCUUGAAACUGUAACCAGGAACAAGUGCACUGUUGAGCUUAAAGAAGAAUGCUACGAUUCUCCUAAAAUGGAGUGCAAGAGUGUCCAGAAGCCUGUUAAGAAGGUGAAGCAUGAAAAAGAAUGCAAGACUGUUUCCGAUCGGGUUUGUAAUACUGUUACUGACCGGCAGUGCAAGGUAGAGAAUGACCGCCAAUGUAAUCAGGUUCCUGAGCAAGUAUGCAACACUGUCUCUGAAAGAGUCUGCUCUACUGAGAGUGUAAAAGAAUGCCAAACUACAACUGUUCGAGAAUGCACUACUGAAACUGUCCGUGAGUGCUCUACAGAGAAGGUUAGGGAAUGCAAUCUUGUGAACACUCCUGUUUGUAAUGGUAUCCACUGUGCUCAAGUGCCCUCCAUGCAGUGCAAUGAUGUGCCCAAGGAGAAGUGUUGGGAUGAACCCAGAGAGAAGUGUUGGGACGAACCUAGAGAGACCUGUAAACAGGUUCCCAAGGAGAAGUGUUGGGAUGAACCUCGCCAAGUGUGCCAGAAUAUUCCUAAGAUGGUUUGCCAGGAUGUUCCCAAGGAAAAGUGUUGGGAUGAGCCUAGACAAGAAUGCCGUGAUGUGCCAAGAGAGGAGUGCCGUGAGGUUCCCAGGGAGUAUACGGACUAUAUCUCUGUUCAAGAAUGUAACUCUGUUAAUGUUCCCGUAUGUCGCCCUGUACCCCGUGAAUCCUGCCGUAAUGUUCCAGAACAGGUUUCAAAACUGGUUCCCAGACAAAAAUGCUACAGUAAACCAAGAGAGGUCUGCCAACAGGUUCCUAAUGAGGUCUGUAACAGUGUACCCAGGAAGCAAUGUACCCAAGUACCCGUCAAAGAAUGCAGACAGGUUCCAAGGGAAGAAUGUACCAACGUUCCCCAUCAGAAGUGUAAGACAGUUAUAAACCAGGAAUGUACUACUGUACAACGUACUGUCACCAACAAUGUACCAGAACAGAAGUGCCAUGAUGUACAGACUGAUGUUUGUGUUAAUGUACCCAGACCUUCCUGCACUACAGUUACUGAUAAAGUUGAAUCUAAGGUUGCACGUGAGGCUUGUGAGCAAGUUCCUCGUGAGGAAUGUCGUCAAGUGCCCCGUCAGGUGACCAACUAUAGGAAUGAACAAGAGUGCAGAACAGUCACAGAACGGCAGUGCAGCAAGGUGUCGAGACAGGAGUGUACUGAAGGAGAAUGGGUUCAACGUACACUUUAAAUUUUCAAUUUUAUAAUCUAGUGAUACAAAUUUUAUAGAUAUUUUAGAUUUGAUGAAAUAUAGACUUUCAAAUUAA